GAACCAUGCCGUGAGAGUUCCCCAGUGCGCUGAGAGCCAUGACGUCAUCAUGUGUCCAGUCCUGCCGCCUCAGGAAAUUCUGUCUGUGUCUCUGUCUGCUUGUCUUCUUCUGGUUCGCUGGGAUGCUCUACAUGGUCACGUUACAGAAUCGAACCCUAACCCUCGCCACCCGUUUCUACUUCCAACACACGCUCCUCACCUCCAGAACUAAUAAUACAAAUAAUUUGACGUCCACCUCCUCGUUUAAAGAUCUUUUCUACUCUUUUCGGGAAAUUCUUCCUGGAAGCAGCCGCAAAACCGACUCUGAUGAAACCAGAGAUGAGUCGUCGCGUCCUCAGUCUGGUAUGACGUCAUCGUGGUCUCCGGGUACGGCGAAUGACGUCAUUACACAACUGCCCCCUCCCCCGCCCUCGCCCCCUCCACCCCCCUCGAGAGAGCGUCUGGACGCGCUGACCUCAGUAUUCAAGGUCAAGGAGGUGGACUGCGAUGGUGUCUUCAGCGGAGCCAAACACGACAUCGAAAUCGCCGUAAACGUCACGAGACAGAUGGAGAACAACAAAACUAUUGGUCUGUCCAAUGCUUUCUACAUGGAGGCCACGAAAAAUUGCACGGAUUUUAUUCAGACGCGCGGAUAUAUAACCUCUCCCUUGACAAAAGAGGAAGAACAUUUUCCGAUCGCUUUUUCCAUUCUAGCUUUCACCGACUCCGAAAUGGUGGAGAGAGUUCUCCGCUCGGUAUACAGACCCCAGAAUAUUUACUGUGUACAUAUCGACAAAACCGCGGAUGAAGGAUUUUUCAAAGCUGUGGAAAGUGUUGUAAAGUGUUUUCAUAACGUGUUUCUUGCCCCGAAGAGAAUUAACGUGCAGUGGGGAUCAUUCAGCGUGUUAGAACCGGAACUAGUGUGUAUGGAAGCCCUGUGGGGUUAUAAAACCUGGAAAUAUUUUAUCAACCUGACGGGGCAGGAGCUCCCUUUAAAAACAAAUUAUGAACUGGUGAAAAUUCUCACAGCUUACAACGGUGCAAACGAUGUUGAAGGGACCGUAAAAAGAGCUAACCCAGAACGAUGGAAGAAGACCACACCCCCUGCCGGCAUCCGCCCCCGGAAGGGCUCCGUCCAUGUAGUGAUCAACAGGGAGUUUGUGGGCUACAUCUUACACAACGACACAGCCUCUGCCUUGAUAAAGUGGGUCAAUACCACGGACAUCCCUGACGAGACGUUUUUCACGUCGCUCAACCAUAACCCGCACUUGGGUAUACCUGGUUCUUAUAAAGGAGAACCAGAGAGUGACACAGGCAGCCGGAAACCUUUUUUGGCGCGGUUCAAGAACUGGGGGUCACCGCCCUACAAGUGGCCUUGCGCCGGCUACUGGACCCGGGGGAUCUGUAUCCUCAGCACAG